AAUUAAAACACACGAAACCCCAAGUACUCCCGAAAUUAUUCUGUCUUCAACGCGGACCAACGCGCGAGGUUCGACCAAAGGAUCCAAGGCCCCAAUAAGAAAUACCCAAAUUGGAGGUUGCAGAUUCUGGAGGUGCUGCGAUCGAACCCCCAGAAGAACAGCUUGUAGAAUAGUAGAGCAAAAUUUGUGUCUGUCCCGUCCGGAAGCCGUGUGGUCCUGUAAAUGGGUUGUGCAGAUGUUUACCAAAUUAAUGAUUGAUCAAAUGGACAGAAAGGUCCAGCAGCAGCAGCAGCAUCAGCAGCGCCAGCUGCAGCACACAAAGGCGCAGUUCCCGGCAUGGAAGGAAACGCCAUCCGCCAUGGUGGCCACGGGGAAGAGUGGUUCGCUGACGAAAGCCUCCGCAGCCACGACCUCGACAUCGGGCGCGAAGAGUAAGCUGAGGAAGAAGUGCGUGCGACCCUGCCCCAAUCCCAAUCCCAAUCAGAGUCCCAAGGAGGAGGCCAAGCGCAUCGGGGAAUCGGACGACCUGCCCGAUGCCAAUACGGGCCGGAUGAACCGGUACUACGGCGGCAAGAGCCCGACGGGGGCCGGGGCCGGGGCCGGGCCCGACCUCACCCUCGUGUCGCACAAUCUGGAGGACAAGGUGUCGAAGAUUGCGCGCAGGAACGCGCUCAAGGAGCUGGCCGCCAUGCAGACGCGGCACGAGCAGUCGACGGACAAGAACGAGGACGCCCUGCGGGAGCUGCAGAAGAGCAUACCGGAGAUCAGCAAGAUCUUCGACGUGCACUGCCGCAUCGGCAGCGGCACCUUCAGCAGCGUCCUGCUGGGCACCCUGCAGCGGGAGCGCUGCCUCGGCGAGACCAGUCGCCGGCGGUUCGCCAUCAAGCACCACAACCCCACCAACCAUCCGGAGCGCAUCCUGCGCGAGCUGGAGUGCAUGUUCCGCAUCGGGGGCGUCGACAACUGCAUCGGCAUCAACUGCGUGGUGCGCUACAACGACAACGUGGCCUUUGUGAUGCCCUACAUGAACCACGACCGCUUCCACGACAUCUACCGCAGCAUGGGCCUGCAGGAGGUGCGCAACUACAUGCGCAACCUGCUGAUCGCCCUGCGGCACGUGCACAAGUUCAGCGUGAUCCACCGGGACGUGAAGCCGAGCAACAUCCUGUACAACCGGCGCACCGGCAAGUUCCUGCUCUGCGACUUUGGGCUGGCCCAGAAGAUCGACGCCGACGGCAGCAUUGUGCAGGCCAACGAACUGAGCAACGCCGCCACGCUGGCGCUCAUGCGGGACAUGGAGGCGGCCCGCAAUCUGAUGAUGCAGGACGGGAACAGUGCCCAGGACGAGGUGCAGGAGUAUCUCGCCUGCAAGCACGAGCAGGAGGUCUCGCUGCGCCGCGUCCGAGCCCUGGGCGGUGGUGUCGGCGUCGAUUAUUCGCUGAUCAAUCAGAGUCCCUUUGACGUUCAGGUCGCCGCCUUGGCCAAGAAGGACGUGGCCGCCCAGCGGGCGGACACCCAGCGGCUGAUCAAUCGCCUGCGCUUCGUCAAUCCGAACGCAGAUCCCAACCACUACGUGUCGCCGACGAACACCAACAAGAAGGAGGUGCAUGCCUCAAGGGCGGGCACUCCGGGCUAUCGGCCGCCCGAGGUCCUGCUGCGGUGUCCUGUGCAGACCACGGCCGUGGAUGUCUGGGCGGCGGGGGUCAUCAUGCUGGCCACCCUCUCCUCGCUGCAUCCGUUCUUCAGGGCGCCCAACGACUGUGCCGCCCUCUCGGAGAUCAUCAACGUCUUCGGCGACAUUGAGGUGCGCAAGACCGCCUUCAUGAUGGACCGCCUGGUGCUGCUCACCCAGAAGAUGACCGCCCUGGAUCUGCGACGUCUGUGCAUGCGUUUCCGCCUGGCGGACCACUUCCUCUCGCCGGCGGUGCAGCGUCGCCAUCGCCGCGCCGAUGGCACUGUGGAGUCGUGCAAGAGCUGCGAGCAGGCCACCUACAACUGCAUCUGUCGCCACAGCAGCCACAAGAUCGAGACGUACGAAGGUCUGGACAUCUAUCCGGCCCAUGCCUACGACCUGAUGUCCCGCCUGCUGGAACUGAAUCCCCAGAAGCGCAUCUCCGCCGACGAGGCGCUCAAGCAUCCCUUCUUCAACGACCAGCAUCGCAUCGUGUCGGGCAUCUCGCUGCAACAGCAGCACCAGCAGCGUCUGCUGCAGCAACAACAACAACAGCAACAGCAGCCGGGACCAUUUCGUGUGAGGGAGACCCUGCCAUCGGCGGCUGCCCGCACCCUCAAGCCGUACAUCUGUCAAACGCUGGGCGGCAUCCAAACCAAAGUGGAGGUCCUUGCCAAAUCGGGAGCCGCUCCUGAUGCUCCUGCCUAAAGAAAAGACCAUUCGAUUCCAACAACACAACACGAAUCAACAUGAAAAUGUUCUCCAAAAUUUUCAUCGCAAAUAUAUAGUAUUUUUCAUAUUA